UGUACUACUGGAAGGGAGGACAGUCAGACUUGCCAAGUACAAAGCUAGCAGUCUGAUAGACACUUACGGAUGUAUGUGUGCAUCAGCCUUUUAUAACAAUUAUAAACAGAACCAAGAGGAGGGUAUGUACUUAGUCUUUGUCUCUGAGAAAGGGGAGGUCGUUAAAACACCCCCAGAGAUAGAAAAUGUCGUCGCAAAAUACCCUGAUUUGUUUGAAGAGCGCCUUCAAGAGUCGUCGACAAGGAGUUGUCCAUGCCAUAGAGAUCAUCCCAGGUAGCAAGACACCCAAAGGAAGAAUCUAUAGGACGGCUCUAGUCGGGUUGGACGAGCUUCGUCGGCAACUGAAAGAGCUUACAGAGAAGGGUUGGAUACGGCCUAGUACCUUCCCCUUCGGCUCACCUGGCUUAUUUGUCCCGAAGAAGAAGGGGACACUGAGGAUGUGCAUUGAUUAUCAAGGCCUCAAUGCCAUCACUGUGAAGAACACAGAGCCUCUAUUGCCCAUCGAUGACCUGUUGGAUAGGGUACACGGAUUCUUGCUGUCGAAGCUCCACCAUCGUCGUCUUGUUGUCGAAACUCCACCGUCGAGGAGUGUCUGGCCGAUGGGAGGGGAGACCAGGGAUGGGAAGGCGAUAAAGGAUGGGAGGGCCAUGAGGGAUGGGAGGGCCAUGAAGGAUGGGAGGGCAAUGGCGAAUGGGACGGCGACGAAGGAUGGGAGGGCGAUGAAGGAUGGGAGGGCGGUGAAGGAUGGGAUGGCGAUGACAGAUGGGAGGGGCGAUGACAAAUGGGAGGGGCGAAGGGGAGGGCGGCGGCAGGCGGUACGGAUGGGAGGGGUGACGACGAAGGUGUUGGAGACCUUGAAGGGCCUGCUGAGUCUUUUGAAGUUUGUGGACGGGGAUGGCCCCACGAUCAGCAAAAUACAUGGCCCCAUGGACACUUCGGUGGAGAAUUUGAGAGACAACAAAACCUUCAUGGAGGUGGAGAAGGAUGAGCUCGAAACAGUGAAGCUGAGCACCUUGGUGUACAAUAGAUGGAAUCAAUAUUUGUUGAAGAAGUUGACGAAGAAGCCCAAGACAGGAAUGGAUAAGCUAUUGUGGGAGGAGGAUUUGGACCUCGAGAAGGAGGUCCAAGCGCAUGUGGACAUGGAUGUGGAGGAGUGGCGGUCCCGUUUAUGGAAGGAGAAUAGAAGAAGGGAAUGUGAUUAUGACUCGGAGGAGGAUGACAGCACGGAGGACAAUGAUGACGAUGUCGCAGAUGCGGUUGAGGCAGAGGAAAAUAAUGGAGACGAAGGACAAAUGGUACACACACGAAUCGAGGGCAGUCUCCUUGAGCUUGAGCGUGAGUUGAACGAUUCUUGGCGGAAAUCAAUGAAAGCGUCCAAGUAUUUUGCUCGCCUUCAUUUGGGGGAGUUGCAGGAGGUUGCGAAUACCAUGAAUAAGGUAUAUGCCUAAACAUUUUUUGCUGCCUGGCCGAAGGCGUCAGCAUUGGCACCAAAACU